UUGCUGUCUGUUUAUCGCAUCGAAUGGUUGUAUCAAUGCAAUAUGUUCGGGAAACUCCUGGUACUAUUACUUGUUGCAAAUGUUGAUAAACACGUGUUAUCAAAGCCUACUUCUACGACUGAAACUGUGGAAUUAACUUUAGAAACUCCUAAAGAAAUAAUUAACAGCACCAUUAUUAAAGUACCUAAUCGCUGGGAUCGUAGCAUGGAACUGUUAGGCCAAAUUAUGGAUUCACUGAGAUUUGGCAGAGGGAGAUUUGUAAAUUUUGUGAUGAUGGCUAGAAACGAGAUUGCUGAGCGCGCGGAGGAAUUCACCAGCGAGGCUGCCAACAAAUUGGUCUCACUUCUAGCGGCGAGGGACGCGAGGAAGAUCAUCCAGAAUAAGACUGAGAAGCGGAACGCCAUCAGUCCCAGAAGCGAGAUCGUUACCACUGUCAGCACGCCCAUUAAAAUAGGUCCUCUGGACAGUUUUUUGCCUGCCAAGACUAGAGAAACGUCACGAUUAGAGAGUGAAACUGGACAGUCACUCUUUGAAUUUAAAAAACCUAAACCAGUCCAAGGAUUUCUCGAGAAUCUUCUGUCCCCUGUUCCUCUGGUAGACAGAAUAAAAGAAGAAGACAAGUAUGGAAACACCGGUGAUAAAUUCAUAGGCAUUGGAAGAGCUCUUAUUAAUGGGUUCGAGGGAUUUAGUAAUUUUCUAAACACUAUUGUCGAUCUGCCAGUAGAUGCUGCAAAAAAAACUUCUCGAGGAAUUACUGCUGCGCUUAAUCAAAUCGGUGGAAAGCUAGUAGGCCUUGAG